ACAUCCUCCCGCUCGCCUUCGGCAAGUACUUCGCCUCCGUCUCCGCGCACGUCUCGCUCUGGAGGGUCCCGGUCUCCUACGCGCACACAGUAAAAGCGACGAUGCCGAUAUGGGUGGUCCUUCUGUCGCGGAUCAUAAUGAAGGAAAAGCAGACGACGAAGGUGUACUUGUCGCUGAUCCCCAUAAUAACUGGUGUCCUGUUGGCCACUGUCACAGAACUUUCCUUUGACAUGUGGGGACUCAUCAGUGCACUCGCUGCUACUCUGUGUUUUUCACUUCAGAACAUCUUCUCAAAGAAGGUGUUAAGAGAUUCUCGAAUACAUCAUCUGCGGUUGCUGAACAUACUGGGGUGCCAUGCUGUGUUCUUCAUGAUCCCAACGUGGGUUUUGGUAGAUCUUUCUUCCUUCUUAGUAGAAAAUGAUUUGAGCACGAUGUCUCAUUGGUCCUGGACCUUGAUGCUGCUUAUCAUCAGUGGAUUCUGUAAUUUUGCCCAGAACGUCAUUGCCUUCAGUAUUCUUAACCUGAUCAGCCCGCUGAGCUACUCUGUCGCAAAUGCCACAAAAAGAAUCAUGGUCAUCACAGUGUCCCUUAUCAUGCUGCGCAAUCCGGUUACGAGCACCAAUGUCCUUGGAAUGAUGACGGCUAUCUUAGGGGUCUUCUUGUAUAACAAGACAAAAUAUGAUGCCAACCAAGAAGCAAAGAAGCAGCUACUUCCAGUUACAACUGGAGACCUUGUGAAUUUGGACCGGCAUCGAAACACUCCUGAAAAGUCUCAGAAUGGACUGACAGCAUUUGCACAACAUGCGGACUAUCAGUACGGUCGAACCAAUAUCUUAACAGACCACUUCCAGUAUAAUCGGCAAAACUAUCCAACUACCUACAACUUAAAUCGUUUUGAUAUAUAGAAUCCUGGCAAACAGGUAUAGACUGUGAUAUCAAAGUGUCCCCAACAUUAUCAGAAACUUUAAUACAUCCGUGAAUGUAAAGCCAUUUUACUGUUACAGGUUUUGCAGAAGGGAAGAUGCAUGUGUAGUGAGAGCGGUACAGACCUUCAGCUUCUGCUGAGCAGAGCGUUAAACGCGAAACAGAUCUGACACCGGAACCUAACGCGGAGUGUAGCUCUGGUACAGAGAUGCUGGUGAAAUGCACGUACAAAACUUCAGAGUAAAAUAAUACCUGUUGUCACUGCUCCUUUUCAGAGUCUGUCAACUGAUUAUUUGUUUGGCAGCUAAAUUCUGGCCAGUAUUUUGUUUCCACGCUGGUAACGUCACCUUUAACUUGUUUUCUAAUAUGUUU